AUGAGAAAGGAGAGUUUAGCCAUUCAGAAUCAUCUGGGGGAGGAGUUACUGCAGGACCUCAUCAACUUCUGUCUCAGCUACAUGGGGCUCAUCAAACUACCCAAGAAACGAGGGACGUUCAUUGAGUUUCGUAAUGGCAUGAUCAACAUCUCGCCCAUCGGACGCAGCUGCACGCUCGAAGAGCGAAUCGAGUUCUCUGAGAUCGACAAGAGAGAGAAGAUACGAGAGAAGUUUGUGGCGGCUCUGCAGGAGGAGUUUGCAGGAAAAGGUCUGCAGUUCACCAGAGGGGGUUUGAUCAGUUUCGACAUCUUCCCGGAGGGCUGGGACAAACGCCUCUGUCUGGACGUCCUGGAACAGGAAGGAUUGGACGCCAUCUACUUUUUCGGCAAUGAAACUUCGUUGGGUGGAAAUGACUACGAGAUCUUCGAGGACCCUCGUACCAUCAGUUUCACCGUCUGCUCCCCUGAAGACACAGCGAGGCUCUGCAGGGAGAUGUUCGUUAACGCUCCACCCAAUGAGGCGUGAAAGCGGCUGCGACUGCCUGUGUGCAGCGCUCCUGCGCCCACUGCUGGUCACUGUGGGCAAAGCCUGAGAGCCAUCACACAUGCAGAUCAAACCAAUCCACUGCUGAUCUGCAGACUGAAGGGACUGCCUGUAAAUAUCACUGACAGGGCCUCAUCAGUGUGUGCUCUUAGUUUUUUAAUGUUCAAAUAUUAAUUUUAAAUCGAAAGAUUUCGCCUCGUUUCAUAAUAAAAAGCGUUUUACUGUGGCUACGUUCACACUGCAACAUUUCCGGAGUGACAACUGCUUUUAAAAUACAGUGAAUACAGGACUCAAUCCAGAAAUUAUGAUGAUUGACAGUGCACUGUUUGACACCUCAACGCUGUAAACUAGCUGUUUUAACUCAUCUUUUUAACCAAAGUAACAUUAGCAAUCAGUAAUUAGUAAGAGGCGUUUGCUUUGCUGUUUACCUCGUGUGCUCCAUCACGUAAUCGUGCUUUAUUUAUUUAAAGGAAUUAAACGAUUUAAGGGAAUAAUGAAAAUUAGUAUUUACAAUUUAUUGUAAAAUAAUGCAUUUGCAUUAUGCAUUUAAACUGUUUUAUUUUAAAAUAUUCACAUAUUCUCAUAUUUGGUCAUAUGAGCUAUUACAAAAUACAUUACUCGAACGCAUGAUUUCUUCAAGACUAUGAAAUCUGACAAAACGUUGAGUAGUUUGCAUACGUGCGUAUUACUGUCGGUCGAUUAGCAUUUCUGUCCUACAGCGGUUGAUGGAUAUUAAUGUUUAGCUGUAGCCUACAUCUUACGUCACAUUUUUCAGCCAUUAAAACUGAUCAGCUCGGCUUCUUUGAACGGUAAACCCCGGCUCCUUUGAUCUGAUUGGCCAUCUCAAUCAUUUGACAUUGAUGAGUGCCUUUAUACGCAAAGCACAAAAAAUA